AUGGUGGAUCAAACUCGGUCAAUGGAGUCCCGCACAGGACGGAAAAACCAACGAUACGGAUCGAAAGGCGAACGUCUUGUGGCCGGCGUAGUUCCCUUAUCGACCGAUAAAUCACAAGUGCUUAUGAUUCAAUCUGCGGGACGAGGUGGCUGGGUGCUUCCCAAAGGUGGAUGGGAAACCGAUGAAGAAACUGCCCAACAAGCCGCUUGCAGAGAGGCCUGGGAAGAGGGUGGCAUAAUCUGCACAGUACUUAGAGAUUUGGGGAUGAUCCCUGACAUGCGCCCCUCUACUCUACUGACGUCGCAUGCACCCAAGGCAUCUUACCAAUUCUUCGAGGUCACCGUUGACCGUGAGGAAGCGCAAUGGCCAGAAAUGCAUAAACGCAAGCGUCAAUGGGUCUCAUAUGCGCAAGCCGCGGCUGCUCUUGCGAGCCGCCCUGAGCUCUUGGAGGCAUUGAAUCGCAGCUCUAUGAAACGGUAG